ACGCCCUUCCCUCUCCUUCACUUGCUUUUCAGCCGAGUUUUCUUAUUCUAUGUUAGAGAUGAAAUUGAGUUGCCAUAGCGGUGGUGCGAUCAGGCUUCGGUCAGCGGGUCUCUAUCUUGCCUCGAUAACUCAUCGGCUUUAGACAACUCUCCACCCCCUCCAGCAGCGACGGUUACGGUGGCGGUGGUGGAGUUGGAUGGGCCAAGUUGGAGAAAUGGAGCCAAAGAUUCCAUUUUUGCGCUCAAUUCUUCAACUUUUUUAAAGAGGGAGAUAGAGAAACAAAUUUAAUAUCUGGUGGUUCAUUAAACGUUAGUGGAGCAAUGGCAGUAGCUCACUGAGGGGAUUUCAGGGACGUGCCUAUCCCCCUCCCCCUCCCCCUCUUUUUUAUCAGGAGUCAUGCCAGGAAUUCUUGAGUCUUUUGGGAUAUUCACUACAGGUACAUAGAAUAUAUGUUAUCAGUGUGAUAGUAUUGAUUGGGUUUUUCAUUGUGUGAUGAUGUUCUUUGCAAUUCAUUUGCUAUCACUUUCAUAAGCAUUUUUUUGAAGGAUGCAUUUAGAAAGUUUUAUGUGGAUAAACAACAAAUGGGGUCUAAUUUUGUUUCCAGUUUUAUGUGGAUACGGAGUAUAUCUCAAUUUGGACAUCCUAAUUUGUAUGAAAAUAACACUUUUGUUAGCACUCCGGGAAAACUCGAUAAACAUUUGAGGGUUUAAGGGAGAGUGACAUACAACAAGCAUGUGGUAAUGGAUUUCGUUCCACACUUAUAUAAGUUAGUACGAUUUUAACAUUGGAGAGUUGACUAUUUGAGACACCUUACAACUCUCUACUAGAUAUCAGUGUAUUCUCUCUUUCGAUGGUGAAUUUUAAUAUACAGUAUACUUCUUUUAAUAAUAAACACUUCUUUUUUUAGGAGUGUAUUUAUAAUACUCCACUAGGUUUCUGUUUUUUGGUGAACUUUUAGCACAGCGUGAAGUAUAGGUUAUGGCCGAGGGAAAACCCACACCUAACAGCACGAGCAGCAUCAAUUGGGUGAUGUAUGGGAAUCUUUAAUAGCAUAUCUACGAAGUGCAUCACUUUGGUGUUUUUGAUCUGAAAUGUUUUUUGUUUUAUCCAUUAUUAAGUUACCUGUUGACUUAAUUUUUUGACUUUUAGAAAGUGUUCCGAAUUCUUUUGCGGUUUGUGACAAUUAAAAAUCAACCAAUGAAGGCUUACAAUUCGGAAGCUAAAAAGAGCUUCUCGACAACAUCCUUACCAAGGUGAAUCUCAUUUCUUGACUCUUAAAAUGUGUUUGAAUUGUUGAGAAAAUAGUUUUAAAAAAUCAAGCAAAAAAAAUCUUGAGGGGUCUUGCUCUAGAGUAGCACUUGAGCGCAAAAGUGGACACAAUAUAGAUUUAAUCUCUAACAGAAUUUUAGUUCGGAGCUUAAACUUUUUAAUAAAGAACUGCCCAUUAAGAUAUUUUUUCACUGCGAUUACGGAGUAAAUGAUAGUCUGAACACAACCAAAUCUAUUUAAUAUUUCUUAUCAAUGAUAGUUUUAACACACAUCCAAUCUUAUUAUUGUUGCCUCACAUUUAAAAUGAUCUUUCUGCUCAAAUGUGUUGAUUUCUCAUAUUGUAGACUAAAAUUUUAACAACUGGACCUAAGUGUUAUAUAUACACAGUGGAUUUUUAUUCAACUAUUGAUAUAAGGGCUAGGAUACCAGUCCAUGCAACUUUUAUUUAAGUUGCAGAUCCUUUAAAUUAGUGGCCUGCCUUAGAAAUGUCUUGGCAAAUGAAGAAAUACUUGAUGGAGUAAGUGAACCUGGAGAACAUUCUUUCAUUAGAAUGGUAUGCUUUAGAUAUACAUGCCGUACUGAGGUCUAGAACAAAAACAUAAAUAGCAAUCACUCUGAGAAGUAGAUGAGAUACAAAUGCUCAAAGAGGCCACUGGAGCUAAUUUCAAUGUUAAAAUAGACUUUCAACGACAGUAAGCCGAGCUUCUGCAUCUCGACCAAGAACUUAUCCACAUCAAAGCAUGCUCUUAAGGAGCUGCCCGUAACCAUAAAAAAUGAGGUACAUAACCCCAACCCCCUUAUAUAGCCUAAAUUAAUACAAUGCAUGUUAUUCCUUUUAUGGUUUGUGUAUUACAUGUACUAAUUUACUUCCACCAUGGCACCAUGAACGUUUUAGCUUUGUAGAGCUAUAUAUGUUACUCUACAGCCAUCUACUGUGGAUACAUACCCCACAACAAGAUUUUGAAAAAAAGCAUCUUGACUUAUUUUAGCAGAUUUCACACCUGUUUCAACAUAACCAAAUGAUUACAAAGUGCACUAUGUGGUAUAUCACAAAAGAUGGAUGGAGAUUUUAUGGUGUGUGAUUAAGUAAUGACUGUUCGUUUAUAAGUUUCCCUAAGAUAUUGCAGCCCAUUUGUUCAAGUGCAUAGCUAUUAAGAAUGUUAUAUAUGAUAACUUACGACAAAUUGAGGUGAGAAAAUGAUUGUAAAUAAAAAAAGAUCGCCUUGACACAUUUACGGCAUCAUGGUGAUGGUAUGCACUUGCAUCCUCUUGAAAUGUGUAUCCUUAUUGUGACAUUAGGGUGUUUUCGUAUUGUCUUUUCAAGUAUAAGGUUCAUGAGUUGCGAGGUACACUAGCCUUGUCAGAGUUAAGCCGAAUGACAUUAAAUCCCUGCAGCAAUUCUUCUAUGAUGUCAAAUUGCAUUAUUUUUUUAACAAUGAAUUUUCACCAUUAAGAUUAAUAUAAUUGUCUCUUUGAGAUGUUGCCAUACGAUGCAAAAAAAAUUUCAUGCAGAAAUACAUAACAUUAACAACAAUCAUGGAUGGUAAGUGAUGUCAUACCAAGGUAGGUUCUAUUGUCAUGAAUUGCAAGAGGUUAAUUAAGGCAAACAAUGAAAAGUUUUGGAGCCAGAGAUGCAUGAGAGGGGGUUGCCUAUGGUUUCACAUAUAUAAGUUCCAUAUUCUUUCAUAAGUUUACUCCUCUUCCAUUAAAAAUGAGAUUUCUUCUUCUAACUUUACACAUUUCUAGCAUCUUCUUAUGGUGUAUCAUCACAUAUAAGCUGCUUCUGAUCUUAAUUUUCAUUUCACUAUGAUAGGAGAUGAUUAAAUUGAUAGCAGGUUUCAAAGAUUGUUGAUAUAGGCUGCUUGGUCCCCUGAUUCUGGUCUUGAGUUUAAUAGGAGCAUAUUCUUGGGAGAUUUUGCACUGGGAACUAGUUUUUCGUGCUAUUUUGGGAGCACAUAUGUAGUAUUUGGCAGUUUUUUCGCACAAUUAAUAUCCAGGACAUCUUUUCUGGCUGGAAUUACCCAAGGCCCAAGGGCAGGAGCCGCCAGCAAGGGAGGUAAACGCUCACGUCUUGGCAAAGAUUUAAAGAUAUAAAACUAUCAUCAAUUUCAUGCUUAUUGGUUAUUGAAUAAGUUAAAACUUAAGCACAUGAUAUAAUACUCAGUUUCUGUCACUUUGUUGACAAGGAGAGUGGAAUAAACAAGACAUUACUAUCACAUGUGCUAGCACAUUCCCCGCUGAUGAGGUAAAUAAGAUGAUAAAAAAGUUGAAGUAUUUGCUCAAGAAGACAAAGAGAAGAGAGUAUCUUGAAGUAUUUGUAGAUCUCAUACUAUAUCAUUGUUACCACCUACAGAUUCACAGAGAUAAAGCCAGGAUCAUACCCAUGCAGUAGUUAAGAAUGCAAAACAGAGGCAAUUGGACACUGGGAAAUGGGAUUUACAGACUUCUGAUUUAAGAAAUGAAAGGGAAACUACAGACCAAGAUCAAACUAGCAAGGCUUUGUGUUUCAUCAACGAGAAUGCGUUGUUUUGGUAUAUUAUAUUGCUUUCUUUGAUGUUUUAAGUAACUGGAAGGCUUCCAUGUAUGAUUUAUAUUGAAGAAUGAAGAGAAAUAUUAUAAAGAGUACUCUAUUAUAAACUAUAAUUGAAAGAAUGUUAAUGCAAUAGUUUAUACUUUGGCACAUGUGAUAUAAGUGACAAGAAAGUCAAAACAUCUCAUCCUCAGAUGCCUACGCAUCUGAGGAUUCUACGACCUCCUCUUCAUCGACCGAGUAUUAUUUGUCUGAUUUUGAACCCCGGUCGGCUCCGAAUCCCUCUGUUCCCGAGCCAGAACCUGUCAAUCAAAUGCCCGGUCAAGUCUUCGUGGAGAGGGAUGAACCGGUUGAUGAUGAACCGGAUCUCUAUGACCCAGAUAAUGAGACGUGGGUACAGUGGGAGGAGAGGUUGGAAGCAGCCGGUUACUCUCCUCUUCUCAGUUUUUACGUUUCUGACAUCUACCCCCACGUCUCCAAAAUAGCCUUAAACAAAGCCUGUAGGAACCUCCUGGAGGGGUAUGUCCUCGAGUAUGAUGAGAAUUGGCCCAAUAUUAUUGAGCCCCACCGGGAGGAUAGGAUAGGUUUCCAUAUUACUUCCUUAGAGGGCGGCAUUCUUUUUCCUCUUCGCCCCCUACUGGUUGAGGUGUGUCACUGCUUUCGGAUUCUUCUUGGGCAGAUCACACCUAAUGCCCACCGUCUUCUCAACUCCUUUGUAAAUAUCUGCCACCAUCUUCAUAUCAAUCCUUCUUUGUGCCUUUUCCUCUAUGUCUUUGAGGUCCGUCCCGGGAAACCAGGUUGCGAAGUCCAACAGGAAACUGUUGAGAUCCACUCUGAGGAGGAAACUCCUCAGACCGGGGAGGCCACCCAAACCGGGAAGACCACGGCGAAUCCUCCCCCUAACAAGGGGAAGGGGAAGACCCGGACAAAAAAGGCGGCCACCACCCAUCCAUCAGCGAAGAGGAAGAGGGGGGAGGACGUCCCGGUCACCCAAUUACUGGAAGAGCUCUGGGUGAAAAUGGGGCUCAAGCUGAAAGAGAUGGGCGAGGUUGGGCAUGAUGCCCUAGAGCAGCUCGCCGAGGAUUCUCCCUCCCGGUCAUCUCUGUUGGAGGAGAAGCUGAAGAGGGCCGAGGCCCAUAGCCGGAAGCUCCAGGACUAGACGGCCCGCCAGUUCGAGGAGAUGGCAAACCUCUCAAGGGUGGCCGGGAAGGCGAACGCAGAGAUCCUCUAGCUGAAGGAGGAGAACUCGACGCUUACUUCCUCUGAAGAAAAUACCAUGGAGGUCUUCAAGUUGCUGUACCGGGAGGAGCAUGGAAAAGAAAUGAUCACUCAAAUC